GGGAUGUUUUCAGGUUGUCUUUAGACUGUGUCACGGGCUAAUAAAAAGCAAGUUAGUGGCCCUGCUAUAAAGCGUUGUUACUCCCCCAUCAUCACAUUGGCCCCGCCCACUUGCUCCUCAACCUGCAUGAACCAGGAUGUAGACCUGGAGACCUCCAAUCUGGUCACGUGAUCAUCGAUAACCCCCAGGUGGCCCAAUACUUGUGUAUGCGGAACAAACGAGUGCGGUGACGUCACGGCGCGGCUUCAGGAAAAACCGGUUUGGAAACAUUUUUGCUUCUUAAGAUUGAAUUCGCCGAGAGGGACGUGUGUCGUCUCAGUCAGCACCCAGACGCCGCCAUGGAUUACUCGCAGCCCUUCUCGCUCCUCAACGAGCGCCUCAGACCUCCGAUGAGCCCCACGGAGCAGCUCUACUCGUCCCUCAGCAGAGUCCAGUCCAAGAUGGGCAAGCGGGCCCUGCUACAGCACUCGGCCUCGCUGCGUCGCUCGGCCUCGCUUUCCGAACCGGAGGACGACGGCGAGGAGGAGCGGUCCACACCCGAGCGGUGUCUGAAGGACGUGCCAGAGAAGGUCGGUACCGCGGAGUCCGGUGAGAGCAGGGAACACGGGCAGAACUCUGACGCGCCGACUCGCUCCGAGUCCCCGUCCGAGGAGGGCCUGGUGCCGUUCCAGAGGAGCUACAUCCUGCCGGACCUCAUCAGCAGCGGGAGGUCGCUCAGCCGACGCAGAACUCUCGGACAUGUCAACGACACGCUCAAGGAAGUGCGUCGCGAGGUGGAAUUGUCGCGUAGGCGCAGUAUCAAGCUGAAGGCGCAGGUGGACAAGCUGCAGGAGAGCCGCGAAGGACCCGGAUGGUGUGGAGACAGAGACAGGGUGACAGAGGAGAUUCUGUCCAUCCUGAAGCUCCUGAAGCUGAUGACAGACCCUCAGGCCCUCCCAGUCGAGACCCCCUAUGGAGGGAACCGCCUGAACUCUGCGCUCACUCAACUAAAGGACGUUGCCAGAAAACUAGCCAUGACUGGAACGCAAAAGGACAUGAAGUCCAGAGGAGGAAGUGGCUCGGAUGACGGCGCCCUGCUGCAACAGGCGCUGCGGGAUCGAGACGAGGCCAUAGAAAAAAAGAAGGCGAUGGAGGGGGAGAUUCUGCGCAGCAAGACGGAAAUGAUGCUGCUGAACAACCAGCUGCUGGAAGCCGCGCAGAAGCGUCUGGAGCUGUCACUGGAACUGGAGGCUUGGAAGGAGGACGUCCAGCUGAUGCUCAACCAGCAGCUGGUUCUGCAGCACCAAGCGGAGCAGAACCAGAAGAAGAACUCCCGCAUGGGCCUCUUGAGGAGGAACAAGCCGCCCGUCCAGCGCCCCACCAACUUCCCCGUGGCGGUCGCACGUGCCGCCGCCAGCUCGCCGGCCACACCUGCGUCACCCGCCUCGCCCACUCACAGUCCAACCCAAGCCUUCUUCGGCCGGCCUCCUCUGACGCCGACUGUGCCGAUGUCGCCUCCUGCUGCGCCGUCCUGGAGGGACAAGUGGAAGAGGGGCAAUGGCGGGCGGCAGCAGGACGCUGUGACUCCCGCGAGCGAGCAGAAAGUGAACGACGGGUUCCAGGUGGUCUCUCUUGACUGAGAGUGGCCCUGGUGACGGUUCUUUUUGAUAACCCACACGAGAAUGCUGAGGAAUCCAAGCCUGCACAACGCUUUGAAACUAAAGUUAACACUUUGAUUUUAUUAGAGGGAUGAGCAUCACAUGAACAAUAUUCUAGACAUGGAACAAAUAAUUGUUUACAUUUCCCCAUUUGACCUGCGUGCUUACAUAAAGAUUUGCUUUGAAUAAACAAGCCUGACCAUUUACAGACCCGUCAUCCCGUUAGAAAACAAUCUUUGACACGUCCACUAUACAUACACAUUCAUUAUAAUAAACAAUUCUUAUCAAGUUGUAGGCGGGUGGCGACAAGAGCAUGCAUCCUGCAGAGUACGCCCCCUUGUGGCUGAUGUCGGCAGAGGCAAGCCAGCUGCCAACCGUGAAUAGCAACAUCGUUUUAAAGACCAAGAGAGGCACGUUAGUUGACAACACCCUGCGUUUUGUUUAUACUCCACUCUUCAUCUCCACGGAAACACGUUUAAAUACUAGACGGAUAAGAUAUAUAUGCAGCAUAUAUUGGUCAUAAACAUUAAAAACACACCAGAACACUGAAAGACAAGUUUAAGAUAGGGUAGUAAUGUAGCAGGAACUUAAUUACAUACUAGACCUUUGACUACUAAGGAAGGAGGUAACAUACUCCAGUAAUGCGCACUACGUAGUGCACACCAGAUCAGGACUGUCCAAACUUUUUCCAUCUAAUCAAAAGUUUCGGGUUGAUGCAAUUUGGUGCAUGAUAACUAUCAGACAUAACUUUACAAACAUGCUCUGAUGAGGAGAGAUUACCCUUACUGUGCUCUAUGUGGGUUAGGGUGAGCAAAUUUGGCGCUACUUUCCUCCCUCUGAGCACAUUGUAAACAAACAUUGAUCGUGGGAAUACGUCUCGGUUUUAGAGGAAGACAUUUUGCGUGCUAUUUGCACCAAAUGUUCUACAAGGGUGG